UUAAGAUGGCGUCCGAUUUAGAAAUGGGUGAAAUUUCAAUCAACUCUUCAACCUCGCAUCAAGGAAUCAUGUGUGAGCAUGGUGUGCCAAUUCGGAGCUAUACUUCAUGGACUAAAUCUAAUCCUGGAAGGAGAUUCUUGCGAUGUCGAUUCUGGAAGGAUGAUGAUUGCAAAUGGUUUCAAUGGAUCGACGAUGAACGAACCAGUCGUGAGAAAGCAUUAUGCGGAGUUUUGCUGGAUAUUUUAGAUCGGAACAAGAUAGAAAAAGAAGCAAAUGAGAGAUUACUUCAAGAACAAGUGAGGGCUUUUGAAGAAAAAGCUUUAAGGAGAAAACAAAAGAUAUUGAAGCUUAAGAAAGACUAUAGAUAUAUAAUGGAAGAGAACCUUCAAUUGAAAUUAAAGUUUCAAUUGAAAAUGAAAUUUGUUAGGGUUUUAAUAGUGUUAGGAUUGAGUUAUUUUUUGUGGAUUGUAUUGGUAACGGAAAAUAACAGUAGUAGAUUUAGGUAUUUGGCUUUAUUGUAAAAUAUUGUCUAUGUUAGCAAAACUUUGUUUGUUAUGGGAUUGUUUAGCUUCUAAG